AUGCAAAAUGGAUCACCCGCGCCCUCGUAUACUUUCGCUGCUGGGAACUACGAAUAUCCCUUCGAAUUCAAGUUCCCAUUUAAUAAUUCAUGCAACUCCACUAACAGCAUGCUCACCAAUCUAAAUUUCUCUGGGCUGAAAGUCGAAGUAGCGAAAGACACCAACAGACAUGUCAGAAAGACCCUUCCGCCAUCCCUGAGUGGGUUCCCCGGAGUGGCAGAUAUCAAGUACUUCGUGAAAGCCACCGUCAUUCGACCUCAAUUCUACAAGGAAAACAUCAGAUCUAUUGUACCUUUGAAUUUCCUCCCAAUUGAGCCACCCCGGACAGGGAGCCCCAACGAGGAAACUUACGCCAGACGGCAGCACCAGUUCUCCAAAAUCCAGCCCGGGUCCAAGAAAAAGAGUAUCUUCUCGCGUGGGUCCAACAGCCUCCGAGACACCUAUUCAGAGCCUCCAAGGGUGUCUGUGGAUGCUCGUCUUCCCAACCCGUCCAUUCUUACUUGCAACGAGCCCGUUCCGCUUCGUUUACUCGCUAAACGACUAAACGAGGGAACCGAUAUCAUCUUCCUUCAAAUGUUGCAAGUCGAGCUAAUCGCUUACACAAAGAUUCUGGCACAUGAUCUCACACGCACCGAAAGUGGCUCUUGGGUCGUCAUGAGUCGCAGUAACAUGAAUGUCCCAUUGGGCAAGCCAGAGGAUCCCAUAGGAACUGAUUGGACAAUUGACCCAGGUCUAUGGAAUCGCUACCCCCUGCCCAACUCAGUAGCGCCGUCCUUUGAGACAUGCAAUAUCGAGAGAUCAUACGAGUUGGAAGUCAGAGUCGGCCUGACACAUGGCAACUCCCGAGAAAUGAUGCCCCAACUCAUUGUGCUUCCUUUGCGAAUGCCGGUCAAGAUUUUCUCUGGAAUCGCGCCCCCACAAGCCCUUCUGGAUGCAAUGGCCGCAGCCUCUCUCGAACAAGGAAAGCAAAAGCCCCAGCCCAGCGUUCCGGCAGAAGCAUCAGACAAUCGCCCACCUAUGCCACCCCGGCCCAGCGGCGAGCCUGUUCCUGUGAACUCAGGCGAUGCAUAUGACGACGCCCCGCCCAGCUAUGAGGAUGCGAUGGCAGAUCACCUCAGCCCCGUGGACGGGCCCCGCCGCGAGUAUCACCCACCGGAGGCCUCCCCGCCCAUGGAAUCUGGAACUGAUGGCAAGUCCGCAGCCCAGGGUAAGGACCCUGAGGAUCGGCCUGCGGCGGAAGGAUCCUCGGCGCCCUUGCGACGCGAUAACCGUUCUUCCUCGGAGUCCUUUGACAUGCUUCCCACCACACCACCAGAGUCACACUCUGGCUCUCCUCCUCAGUCUCCGGUCGCCCGACCGGGGAGUAUGAUGAAGAUCCCGCGAAAUCCCAUCGAAGACGAAAGUCCACCGCAGUACGAGCCUGUCGGUGGGAACCAGGGUGUUGCCCAAACACAGCGCCAGCCCUCCCGGAAUCAUCGGCCGAUGAACCUCGGUGUUCCAAAUCGAAAACCAGUCCCGCGAAGCCCGGAUCCUCGAGGCCAUUGA